GACAGUAAAUCUCACCGUCUCCAGACCUUGUAUUCAUUUUGUUUGUUUACAGACGUAACAGGUGAUGAUGGCCUCCUCUUAAAACGUCCCAGCAUGCACCUGGAGCCUCCUGCAGGUUCCAGAACCACCUCUGAGCUGAAGAAACAUCUAAAGGAAACAGGAAGUUAAGCAUUUAUGAAAUAUCCAGCCUGUCAGUUGGAUUUUUAUUGAAUCUGCGUUUGGAGGAAAGACGGAUCUGCAGCCAUGUAGCGUCGACCCUUUAGAUCAAAGCUGUUUCCAGUGAAGUGCCGUCAUGGCAGCUGGUAAACCCCAUCCUUUGAGCCGGAUGAGUAGCAAAGACUUUAUUCCACCUUCAAUGUCGCUGAGGUUUGUUCUCAUCGGGAACAGCUGGUCUGCAAAAUGUUUGUUUGGAAACGUCCUCCUGGGACAAAGCAGGUUCCUCAGGGAGGAAGAACCAGAAAGCUGCGUGAGCGUCAGAGGGCAGGUGAAGGAGAGAGACCUGGUCCUCAUUAACACUCCCAACCUGCUGCUCCCCAGCACCUCCCAGAACAAACUCACCCAACUCAUCAAACACUGCGUGAGACUUUCUGCUCCCGGACCCCAUUUGUUCCUGCUGGUUCUGGAAUCUGAGACCUUCACUGAGGAGCAGAAUGUCCGGCUCAGAAAAAUCCUUGAAUAUUUCAGUGGGCAGUCUUUUGCCCACUCAGUGGUGAUGGAGCCAAACCUCAGGGAUGCAGGUGACUGGGUAAACUACAUGAACCAAAGGACCUUAGAGGGCCUGGUGAAGGAGUGCAGAGGACAUUUUUUAUGGAAGAAGACCACUGAACCUUCUGAGCUGCUGCACUUUCUGGAGAAAACAGUGAAAAACAAUGAAGAUCAGCAUGUGAGCUGUGGCCCAUUAACCUCUGACCCUUCAGCUACUGAUUCUGCCUUCAGAAUUGUUUUAUUUGGGAAAAGUGAACAAAAAAAGACCAUAGUUGGAAACCUCCUCACCAGUAAAACAGGAGCACUCUUCCAGAAAAGUUCCCUUUCUACGAGGUGUGAUGUCAUCAGCGGCGUGUGGAGAAGCGACUCAGUGACGGUGGUUAAAACCCCAAACUUCUUCAGAAUGUCAGACGAAGCAAUCAGAGAAGAAAUGAGGAGAUGCGUGGACUUUUGUCGACCGGGUCCAAAUGUUCUGCUGCUGCUGAUGAAACCUUCUACGUUCACACACAGGAAGAAACAAGUCCUCUUAUCGAUCUUCUGGCUGUUCGAACAGGACGCUUUUAAACACUCGAUGGUCAUCAAGACUCAUGACCUGAAGGAAUGUCAGUCGGUCAAUCAGCUGAUCAACAACUGUGAUGGAAGACAGUUUAACCUGUCUGAAGACAACCAGACAACCCUGAGGGAGAAGGUCAGGUCCAUUGUGAGCAAGAACAGAGAAUCCUUCCUGACUCUAGCUGGAGAGAACCAAAGACCAGAAAUCAAACCGAUCAGACGUCAUCUAAACCUGGUCCUGUGUGGGAGGAGAGGAGCCGGGAAGACCUCAGCAGCCAAGGUCAUCUUAGGUCAGACAGAGCUUCAGUGGGUCUCCAGCUCAUCAGAGUGUGUUAGAAACCAGGGAGAGGUGUGUGGACGGUGGCUUUCUCUGGUGGAGCUGCCUGCCUUGUAUGGAAAAGCUCCGCAGGAAGUGAUGGAGGAGUCAUUCAGGUGUAUCUCCCUCUGUGAUCCUGAGGGUGUCCAUGCCUUCCUCCUGGUCCUACCUGUGGGUCCCCUCACUGAUGAAGACAAGGGAGAGUUAGAGACCAUCCAGGACACAUUCAGCUCUGACUUCACCAUGAUUCUGUUCACCGUGGACUCGGAUCCCACAGCUCCAGCUGUAGUUGACUUCAUCAGAGGAAGCAGAGACAUCCAGGAGCUCCGUGAGAGCUGUCGAGGAAGAUCUGUUGUUCUCAACAUCAGGAACCAGCAGCAGGUCCCAGAUCUGUUGGAGGCGGUGGAGAAAAGAAUGAGAUCUAACAAUAGUCCAGCCUGCUGGAGAUGAAUGCAUGAAUGAGUUUCUCUAGGUCUUGUCUGGACACGAGGCAUAAAGGACCCGUCUGACUUCACGCAUCUGCCUCAUGUGAUGUCAUUCAAAUCAAAUCACUUUUAUUGUCACAGAACCAAGAGUCUCCGGAUUGUUCUGAUCGGGAAGACCGGCUGUGGGAAAAGCACUUCAGGAAACACCAUCCUGGGAAGAGACGAGUUCCGAGCCGAAGCGUCGCAACAUUCAGUCACUAAGCGUUGUCAGAAAGCACAGGGCGAGGUGAACGGUCGCGCCGUCACCGUGGUGGACACUCCGGGUCUGUUCGACACGAAGCUGAGCCUGGAAGAACUAAACGAGGAGCUGAUGAAGUGCAUCAGUCUUCUGGCUCCCGGACCACACGUCUUCCUGCUGGUCUUAGAAAUCAGCAGGUUUACGAAAGAGGAGGAGGACACGUUAAAGCUGGUCAGGAAAGUCUUUGGGAAGACCUCUGAGAAGUUCACCAUCGUCCUUUUCACUAAAGGAGACACUUUAGAGUAUCAGUCAAUGUCUGUAGAGAAAUACAUCGAAACAGGCGAUGACUUCAUUAAGGCUCUGAUCGCCGACUGUGGAAGGAGGUACCACAUGUUCAACAACUACGACAAACACAGCAGACCUCAGCAGGCCACUGAGCUGCUGGAAAAGAUUGAGAUGAUGGUGAAGGAAAACGGCGGUGGAUGCUUCACCAAUCAGAUGCUGCGAGAAGCAGAAGCAGCAAUCCAGAAGGAAGUGGCGACAAUCCUGCAAAGCAGAGAAGAAGAAAUCCAGCGUGAGCUGAGAAAGCUUCAAAUCCGACAGGAAAACGAAGUGAAGGCGGUGAAGAUGAGGAUGGCAGAACAAAGAGAAGAGCAGAGAGAACUUCUGGAGCAGCUGGAGAGGAAAAUCCAGAAUGUGAGUGAAAGGACGAAAGAAGAAAAAAAGAGAGAAGAAGAAGAGGAGGAAGAGAAGAUGAAACAGGAAGUUGAUGAACAGCAGGAGUGGGAAAAAAAUCUAAAAACCUUAGAAGAAAAAAUCGGUUCAACAUCAGGUUUGGAGGAGAGAAGGUCACUGCAGCAGAUGAGAGAAGGUCUGUGUAAACUACAAGAAAACAGGAAGAAGGACCAGAAGGAAUCCUGGGAUAGACGUAAAAAAGAGAAGGAAGACAGAGAGAAGACAGCUGAAUCAGAGCUCCGACAGCUCCAGAUGGAACACCGUCAGACCAAACGCAAACACGCAAAUCAGAUGGAGAAGGAAGAAGACCAUCUCAGAGAGUUGGAGGAAAAACACGAGAAGGAAAGUCACAACGUAAAGAAAAGAUACGAAGAGGAGGCCAGAGCAAAAGCCGAAGAGUUCAACGACUUCAGAGGAAAGUACGGCAGCAACUUCGCCGGUUUGAUGGAGGAACACAGGGAGGAGGUCCAGAGUCUGGAGACCAAACACCACAAACAGAUCCAGGAGACGGAGGAGAAGUUCAGAAAAGAGGCCAGGCUGCUGCAAAACCUGUUGAAUUACAAAGAAGGACAGUUAAAGGAGGAACUCGAACAGAAAGAGAGACAACUGAAGGAAAUGGAGGAGUUAAAGACGACUCAGGAGGAAGAAUUAAGCUCCAUGCAGAAAAAAUACAAAAAUAAAUGUGAGAUUCUGUGAAAACACGCCUAAAAUAACAAGACUGCUGCUAGCAUUCAUGCUACAUGUAGCAGCCCCGAGGACACAUGGAUUCAGACGUGUUUGUUCCUCCGAUGCUUCCUUCAGUCAGGUGUGAAUGCGACCCAAACCAGCGACCGGAG